AAACUCAUAAGUAAAAAAAAAAGCUCACGUUCAAUUCAUUACCUAGCUGUCCGAAACAAACCAGAUCAAACCAGAGCAACCAAAAAAUGGCGUUGCAGUGGAUGAUAUUGACUUACGUGGUGGCAGCAGAAGCAGUUCUAGCGGCGAUUUUAACAGUUCCGUCGCCAAAAGCGUUGAAGUACCGAUUAGUAUCUCUCGUUUCUCUGAUUCUUCAACCAGCUCUCUUUAUUAUCCCGUUCGCCGGCUUCCAGCUUCUCGAUAUUUAUUGGAAGAACGAGCAUCGGUUGAUGUGCACCUCUGAGAUCUGCACUGCUGCCGAGAGAGAUCGCUAUGAAAAAACUAUUUACAAAGCUCAGAGGAAUGUGAUUUUAUGUGCUUCAGCAUGCCUGCUUUACUGGUGUGUUUAUCGCAUAUGCAAAUUUAACCAGGAGCUUCAAAGGUUGGAGGAGGCGGAGAAACGGCAGAAGGACCAGUAGUUGAAUUCAUCUCAUGAUUAGGCACAGGUUUACUCUGUAAAAUUUGUAUUGCAUCCCAUCCACACAUUUUCUUU